CGUUCAGUCGCGACAAUGUGGUUUGACGUGUUAAUGUCAAAGUUCUGUCAUUACUGUUGUCACCAGGUGGAUUUGCAAAUAAAUAAUGUUUUUUUUUGUUAGCUUGAUCCCAUCGCACAAGAUUUUUGAUUAAAAAUUGUCCUCUAUUUAAUAUGAAGCCAAACACAAAAUCUAACAUAAUUAUUCAGAAUAUUCGUGGUCAACACGCCAGCAGUAACACGGUUUAUCAUGCGCUUUACGGCCAUUAUUUUCUCGGGAUAUCGAAGAAGGAUCUUAGUAUCAUUUAUGGAAAAUGCCGAUCAACUAUUUACGAGUGGUUCUUCAAGUACGAGCGAGAUGGAAUUUUCCGAAGGAAGCAGCGCCUGCAAGUGUUUAAGAAAUUCAGCACCGAUAUGCGUGAUUGGCUUGUCAACCUAUAUCAAAACGAGCCUUUCUUGUUUUUGGACGAAGCGAAACAGCGAUUCCAACAGCGAUUUCUGCUAUCGAUAAGUGUGUCAUCUAUUUGCACAAUAUUGCAUGAAUCUGGAUUGACCUGGAAGACUAUCGAAAGAAGGGCUAUCCAGAUCAGAGAGGAUGAGAUAGUCCGGUUUGUUAAGGAAAUGCUUGCAGUUCCAUGGGACUUGUUUAACCUGGUUUUCCUAGACGAGGUUAGUAUUGACAAUAAGGAUAUGCUGCGCAAAAAAGGCUACGGAGUUGUUGGCCAGAAACUUAUUUAUCGCGGGGAAUUCUGUAGAAAGCCUAGGGUUUCUUUCUUAUGUUUUCUAGGAAUCAAUGGUAUGCUAGAUAGUUUCUGGACGGAAGGAACAUUCAACCAGCAUAAAUUUUUCAGAUGUUGUCGAAACUUUGCUAUAAAUAAUCCCCAUGUACAACGGUAUCCUGGGUUUCACUCUAUUUGGGUUUUGGAUGGUGCUCGCAUCCAUUGCGACGCCAAUAUCAUAAGAUAUUUUCGCUCUAUUGGCAUCAUACCGAUAUUUCUACCACCAUAUUGCCCAUUUUUUAACCCUAUAGAGAUUAUCUUUGGCUUAAUUAAGGCGUACCUUAGAAGGAAUUACCGAGAGACUGGCUCCAUUUUGAAAGAAGUUUGUGCAGCUAUGAGUGCAUUCAAAGUCUAUGAGUGUAAGCAGAUAUUCGAAUACUGUGGAUACUUACCUGGGGGCGUUUUUCUUGCAGAAAAAGGUCUGGACCAAGACCCUAAAUAUAUGGAUUUCAAUAUUAUUCCUGAAUGAAAGUCAUG